GUAAAUUUGAAAGGUUACACUGCAUGGUCCCUCAUGGACACUUUUGAAUGGAAUUCAGGCUACAGUGUACGGUUUGGUCUGCACCACGUGGACUUUAAAAAUCCAAGCCGUCCAAGGACGCCCAAACGAUCUGCCAUCUACUACGCAGAAAUCAUACGGAACAAGGGCAUGCCCCUUAGCAAGGAGGAUGAGUUCCUUUAUGGAGAGUUCUCAAAAGAUUUUGCAUGGAGUGUGGCAUCUGCUUCCUACCAGAUUGAAGGAGCCUGGAGGGCUGAUGGCAAAAGCCUGAGUAUCUGGGACCAGUAUGCGCAUACCCCAUUGAGAAUUGGGAAUGAUGACAAUGGGGAUAUAGCCUGUGACAGCUACAACAGAAUCGAGCAAGAUGUGACUGCUCUGAAGAACCUCAAAGUCUCACACUAUCGAUUCUCAGUUUCUUGGUCACGGAUUCUCCCAGACGGGACUCGGAACUUUGUUAAUGAGGCUGGGCUAAAUUAUUACGUUCGUCUCAUUGAUGCUUUGUUAGUGGCCAAUAUAUCACCACAGGUGACCUUAUAUCACUGGGAUCUGCCCCAAGUGUUACAGAACAUCGGAGGAUGGGAAAAUGACACCAUUGUGGAAAAGUUUAAAGACUAUGCUGACCUGCUCUUUCAGAAACUAGGGGACAAGGUGAAGUUCUGGAUAACCAUCAAUGAACCGUACAUUGUAGCCAACCUUGGAUAUGGUUACGGCACAGCUGCGCCAGGAAUCUCUUCAAGGCCUGGCAGAGCUCCAUACAUAGUUGGCCAUAACCUUAUCAAGGCUCAUGCUGAAGCAUGGCACCUAUACAAUGACAAAUACCGAGCCAGUCAAGGCGGGCUGAUCUCUAUCACCAUCAAUUCUGACUGGGCAGAGCCAAGAAACCCCUACAAACAGGAGGAUGUGGAGGCUGCAAGAAGAUAUAUGAUGUUUUAUGGCGGUUGGUUUGCAAAUCCUAUUUUCAAUAAUGGAGACUACAAUGAGGUCAUGAAAUCCAGGGUUCGGGAAAGAAGUCUCGCAUCUGGGCUGACACAAUCCCGGCUCCCAGAAUUCACAGAGAGUGAGAAGCAGAGGAUUAAAGGGACCUUUGACUACUUUGGUUUUAACCAUUACACCACCAUUCUGGCAUCACCCUUUAACUUGCCAAUCUCGCAGCAGACAUACGAUGCAGACAGGGGAGUAGCUUCAACCACUGAUCACAGCUGGCUGGGCUCUGGCUCCUUCUGGCUAAAAGUCACCCCAUUUGGCUUCAGAAGGAUACUGAACUGGAUUAAAGAAGAGUAUAACAACCCUCCUAUUCUAGUAACAGAAAACGGCAUUUCUGAGCGUGGCACUGACCUGAAUGAUGUCUGGAGAGAACAUUACUACAAAGAAUAUAUCAACGAGGCUCUAAAAGCUGUCAAAUAUGAUGGGGUAGACCUGCGUGGCUACACAGCCUGGUCCUUGAUGGAUAACUUUGAGUGGGCCACGGGAUUUGCCGAAAGGUUUGGCUUGCAUUACACCAACUACUCAGAUCCUGAAUUGGCACGUAUCCCUAAAAAGUCAACAAAGUACUACAGAUCUAUCAUUCUGUGCAAUGGUUUCCCCGACCCAAGUAAUGGCUCACCUCCAUGUCUGGAGCCUGAAACAGAAGGAACGACUGCUCCCACUGUCACCACGCCACCUUCCGGUGAAAACCGGGAAGAAGCCGUUUCCUUCCUUGGACUAGAGAUUUCACCCUCAGAUGCCGAGAUUGCUCUCUACGUGGAAUUUGCCAUCCUAAUUGCAGCGGUUUUAGGAAUUGUCUUGUUAUCCGUUUUCUACAGAAAAUUAGCGAAAAAACCAAAAAUGAGCAACUUUUAAAUGAUCUGAUGCUAAAGUAAUUCUGUAUGCAUGCGCUGAUUCCAGAGGUUGGUAUAAGGCUCAUAAUACCAAGGAAAUUUGUUGUUUUUGACCAUUCAUACUCCCUGCAUCAUACGUGAACUUUCCAGCCAUGCCAAGCCCUAGGAAGAGAGCUACUCUUUCGCUAUUUAACACAGUAGUUCCACCUGACAGGUGAUUGGUCAGACUCCCUUAAUAAAUAACAUUAGGGGUUCAAUGAAGCCAUGGACCUUCUAACAUUUAUUUGGCAAAACAUGUUGUCAGGGUCCUUUCCCAGAAUGUUGCCACAGCCUGCUCUGCCGAGAUGUUAGCAGAGAUGAUCUGGUUAAUGCUCGGCCUCUUGUCACAGAGAACGAGCCUAUAAGUGGGCAGAAUUACAUUGUGUAAUUACUGUACUGAUUUAAGUGAUCAUUGAAUUACACGUGUAAGAGUUGAAUUUUCCAUUCUGAGCAUCAAUCACUACAAUGACAAUGCUGUACAUGCUGUUAAUGUAUCUUUAAGCCUUUCAGCUUCUGUACAAUUAAGUUUUUCUUUUAACAAUAAAGAUCCCCAAUCUUCA